AUGGCCUGCUUGGUCAAGGGUGUAUACACACUCGAAAGUGAUCGCAAGAAAAAUCGACAAGGCGAUCAAGCUCUUGCUCCUGAAUGGUGGAAAUCUUUCAAUUUUGAACUAACCCAAGUUCUAGUAGAUGAGAAGGACCAAUCAAUUUUUGGAGCUAUUUUCAAGUCCGAUCCUAACUACAUAGGCGGCCAAGGUCCCCCAAAAUACGUGAUCGCCUUCCGUGGUACGGUCAACAAACAGGAAAACGUGACUCAAGAUUAUAAGCAGAAUCUUCAGCUUUUUCUCAAUAAACUCGAGAAAAGUCCGCGUGUUCGGGCUGGCAUGAAUGUUGCUAUGAACGUUGUUCAAGAAGCAAAUGGCCCUGGAAAUGUGUUGUUGGCAGGACAUUCCGCAGGUUCAUCCAUAGCACUACUAAUUGGGAGGAAAAUGGUGGAAGCGGGAUAUAAUCUCGAGACCUAUCUCUUUAAUCCGCCAUUCCUUUCUUUUCCAAUUGAACAAAUAAAAAACGAGACUUUGAAGAAAUGUCUAAGAUUUGGAAAAAGUAUCGUCAUUGCAGGACUAGCUUCUGCUGCUAAUGGAGGUCACUGGCCAACAUCUGAUCCGUUUAUCGUGUUAUCAUCAUGGGCACCCCAUUUGUUCGUCAAUAAGUCCGAUCCCAUAUGUUCCAACUACAUUGGAUAUUUUGAAGGCAGGGAGAAAAUGGAGAGAAUGGGAUUUGGAAAAAUUGAAAAUAUAUCGACACAAAAUUCAAUACGGAGUAUUGCGUUCCAUGCAAUAGGGAAGGAUUCAGAACCAAUUCACCUUCUUCCUUCUGCACGUAUGACUAUAAAUAUAAGUCCCACCUGUAAAAGGUUCAGGGAGGCACAUGGAAUUCGUCAAUGGUGGAAACCAGAUUUGCAAGUCGAACGCAAAUACUAUUCGUGGCAUUAA